AGGAACAAUUUUGGAGUAUUAUAUUAUAUUUAAUAUUUCCUUUUAUUAUACAAAAGAUAACACCAACUUGAUGGUUUAAAGUCUUUUUUUUUCUUGACAAACACUUGAUGGUUUAAAGCGAUGUUUUUACACUAAUAUAUAUAACUCUAGUCUUUUGUAAUAAAAGGAGAAAGUAGAAGAUUAUGAAUAAGAGAGAGAAGAGGUCAUGAAGAGAAAGAGAUACGAGAUGGAGAAGACGAAGAAGACAGAGCUUCAAACCGCCAUUGAAGAGCUCUCUCUUUUCAUCACAACUAAACCUGGAGAUAACACUGAAGCUACACAUAUACCCUUGAGGCCUCUUCUCUCCUUUUGCAACUUAAUCAUCCAAGUUCUUGAUAAGAUAGGACCGACAAUGGCUGUUCUUAGACAAGACAUUGAUCAAAAUAUUCAGAGAUUAGAGAAAGUUUGUGAAACAGAUUCAUGUGUUUACUCCAACUUGGUUGAGAUUCUGAAGAAAGAAAAGGAGGAGGGAACAUCCAAAAUGGUUGCUAGUUGCAGUAGAGCUAUUUUUUGGCUCACUAGGACAAUGGAUUUUACUGCGGGUUUACUACGAUCCUUGUCGAAAGAAACGUCGUCUAGAAUGGAAGAAGUUGUUGAAGAAUGCUACAUGACGACAUUAAAACCGCAUCAUGGAUGGAUUGCGUCUGCUGCUUUCAAAGUGUGUUUGAAGCUGGUUCCUGACAACAAGACGUUCAUGGACGCGAUUGGUGCAAGAGACGAGAGCAAUGAUACCUUAAAAGAAGACAUUGAUACUUUAAGCUCAUUGUUGACACCUAUUCUCAAAGAAAUCUACUUUGUUCUGGAUCGAUACGGGGUGAACAGAUUAAGAUCGAUGUAGGUGAGGGGUUGAAAAACAAUCUAUUUAUUUAGUUGAUUUUCACUCAAAUGAUAAGUUUAGUUUUUAGAAAAAUGUAUAUAUCAUCAAUGUAUGUACGUACAUCAAUAUUUAUUGAUUUAAUCAUCCGAACUAAAAUGAUUUCUCUUUUCUUUUAAAGUUAUAUAAAUGUGUAUGAAUGUAAUUUCUUCUGUAUAUACAUGUAUCAUCAGGCAGGGAUGUCAUAAGCUUUUAAAGUA